GCGGCGCGGCCCGCGGGCGGCUGCGGCUGGUGGAGGCCCGGCGCUCGGGGGAGGAGGAAGAAAGCUCGUCCAACCAGAACGUGUCAGCUUGGCGGAGGUCCGCCUUUCCCCACCCCCUCCUUUUUUUUUCCCUUUCCCCCCCACCAGGAUGCAAGUCUGCCACAAAGGAGCUGAAGUUCAAGUAAGGCUGCUUUAACCUCGCAUGAGAUGAUGGAUUCCAAACUUUAAAACCGCAAUGCUGAGUUCCCAUCCUUCCACUAAAUCUUACCGUGCCUCCAGAGUAGGACGGUGUGGAUGUGUUGCUCGGAUAGGGUAGCCAAGCUGUGAAAAAGCUUGAAGAAAAACGGAGAAAAGGCAAAGAUUUUCCACCUAGUUACUUCCUUGUCUAACUCCCGGAGAGCGCACAGACCUACCCAGCUGUAUACUUCAGGUCACUGAAGAGUUUCACUUUUGAUACAAGCACCUAAGUGAAAUGUCACAGCUCCUGGGGAUGAACUGUUUUGAAAAUCUUUGAUGAAAGCACGCUAAGGACUGAAGAAAGAAGCCAAAGGAGACAGGAUUUUUAAAAGUUCUUUGCAGAAGAACAUUUGACCAGAACUAGAGGAUCAUGAUGACAAUAAGAUUCAUCUGUUUACUGAUAAUAGCUGUUGUGGGAGCUACUGCAAGCAAAACACAGGAAUUUGAAGGCAAUGAUGAGGAAACAGAACAAGAAUUCAUUUAUAUGAACAGAUAUAAGCGUUCCAGUGACACACAGGAGAAAUGCACUUACACCUUUAUUGUACCUCAACAGAGAGUGACAGGUGCCAUUUGUGUUAAUUCUAAGGAGCCUGAAGUUCUACUUGAAAAUAGGGUAAAUAAACAAGAAUUACAGUUACUUAACAAUGAACUUCUUAAACAAAAGAGACAAAUAGAAACUCUUCAGCAACUAGUAGAGGUGGAUGGCGGGAUUGUUAAUGAGGUUAAACUCUUAAGAAAAGAGAGCAGAAAUAUGAAUUCUCGAGUCACACAGCUCUAUAUGCAGUUACUACAUGAAAUUAUCCGAAAACGUGACAACGCCUUAGAACUUUCUCAACUUGAGAAUAAGAUCUUGAACCAAACUGCAGAUAUGUUGCAGCUUGCAAACAAAUACAAAGACUUGGAGCACAAAUACCAACAUUUGAUGUCAAUUGCCAAUAAUCAAUCAAUAAUAAUUGCCCAACUGGAAGAACACUGUCAAAGAACACCAUCUGUAAAGCCACUGCCACAAACUCCACAGCCACCGAAUAAAGUGUACCAGCCUCCUACUUACAAUCGCAUUAUUAACCAGAUAUCUACAAAUGAGAUUCAGAGUGAUCAGAACUUAAAGGUUUUGCCACCUACCUUACCAACCAUGCCUGCUGUUACUAGUAUUCCGACUUCAACUGAUAAACCGUCUGGGCCCUGGAGAGACUGUCUACAAGCAUUAGAAGAUGGCCACGAUACAAGCUCCAUCUAUCUUGUAAAGCCAGAAAACACAAACCAGCUUAUGCAGGUCUGGUGUGAUCAACGGCAUGACCCUGGUGGAUGGACAGUCAUUCAGAGACGGCUGGAUGGCUCUGUCAACUUUUUCAGGAACUGGGAGACAUACAAGCAAGGGUUUGGUAAUAUAGAUGGAGAAUACUGGCUUGGAUUAGAAAAUAUUUACUGGUUAACGAAUCAAGGCAACUACAAACUGCUCAUAACAAUGGAAGACUGGUCAGGCCGAAAAGUAUUUGCUGAGUAUGCCAGCUUCAGACUGGAGCCAGAAAGUGAGUAUUACAAGUUGAGGCUGGGACGCUACAAUGGCAACGCUGGAGAUUCUUUCACUUGGCACAAUGGUAAACAGUUCACCACGCUGGAUCGGGACCAUGAUGUAUACACAGGUAAUUGUGCUCAUUACCAGAAGGGAGGAUGGUGGUACAACGCAUGCGCUCAUUCAAAUCUCAAUGGAGUUUGGUAUCGUGGAGGACACUACCGCAGUCGGUAUCAGGAUGGUGUUUAUUGGGCUGAAUUCCGGGGGGGAUCAUAUUCCUUAAAGAAAGUUGUUAUGAUGAUAAGACCUAACCCCAACACAUUCCACUGAUACCAUUUUUAACUUGCUUUGCUUUCUUCUUCUAAAAGUCAUGUAAAGCUAUGAUGUUAUUACCUGGCAUUAUCUUUUCUGAAAUGAAGAAUGUAAGAUAUUGUACAUUUAUGGCAAAGAUGUGAGGGCUUGUAUAUUGUAUUUUCAAGAAUCAUUUCAGGAAAAAAAGCUGAAGAAGAAGUGGAACUGAAAUGAUAUAGCAUUCAGAACACCUCUUGGUACUAAAUCUAGUUAUAUUGAGCCUUUUAGAACUGGCAGUUCAGAUGGACUGUAGAUAAGCUUUCUGGUUUUUAUUCACUGUAAAUUAAGUUUGGAUGGUAAAAAUACUGCCACAACAUUUAAAUAUUUUUAUAUGUUAUUAAUAUGUAUAAAUAUUCUCAAAUACAGGAAAUAUUACAAAAUGUACAGCAAGAGUUUUAUUAUUAUUAUGAGCAAUCAUUCGACACAGGAAAUCGUAUCCUUUGAACAGUGUAGCUGGUAUAUGUACAUUAGUGUGAUUAUUUGGAUUUAAACUGUGUUAGCUGCCACGAAUAAAGUUAGUACUAUAUCAUUUGAUUUUCAGAGCAGAUACUGAAACCAUUACUGUCAUGAUGAAUCUAGUCUUUCCCCUUCAUUUUGAGCGUUUUAAUAAACUGCACCUAUAAAUCAGAAUUCCCAUUUAAUUGUAAUAUUUUAGAUUUUGAAAAACAAUAAUGAAAACAAAGUAACUACCUGCAUAUAGAAAUUAAUCCAGAUUUACAACAGAUAUAACAUGUUGGCUAUACAUGUUAUACUACACUAGAACUGCCACAGUAUUUUGUACCUGACUUCAGUCAUUACCUGCUGUGUAGCCUCUGUAUUAAGAAAUGGAUGGAUAUAAAUUAAAGGGACUAUCCAACUUUGCAGGCCAAUGAUGGAUACCAAUAUAUAUUUAAUAUCCUUAGCCAGUAGACAGAAGUUAUAUAAAGAAGUUACCUGUAGUCAAGAGAAGUUAUAUUUACCGCAUUUCACAGUUAUAUUACUGUCAAACUAUUGAAUAGAUUUACUCAUCUAUAUUUAGAGGUCAGUCACAACUGUGAAAUACAAUGGACUAGGAUAAUUCUAAUACUCUUCUGAGGUAGGUUUCUAGAACAGAUUGUUAUAAUACCAUUUCAAAACAGCAACUACUCAAAAAUGUAAGUUUAAGAAUGCAUAUAAGAGGGAGAGCAAAAACCUCUAGAAACUCAAUAUAUUUUUAAGUAAGCCUGUAAGAUACUUACUGUGCAUUGGUCUGCGUGUGCUUGCACACUUUUUCCCUUAUUACCUCAUCCCUUCUUUGCAACAGUAUGACAUGCAUUAAACUGACAUGUGAUGUAGCAUGUGUUGUAUAUAACUAAGAGUUGGGUUUUUAAUAUAUUAGAUUACCCUGUAAUGUCGUAAUCCUUUAAUAAAGCAACAAAUGUUAUUUUGA